UCUGCUACCUCCGGUUUUUCCCGGACCCUAAAACAUUCAAGACAAAAAUGGCAACAGUGUCAGCUGAUGCCCAGCAGAACGUAGUUUCCAGGGUUGCUAGUUUGCCUCUGGUGAGUUCCACCUACGAUAUGGUCUCGUCUGCUUAUAUCAACACAAAAGAUAAUUAUCCCUACUUGAAAUCUGUCUGUGAGAUGGCAGAGAAAGGAGUGAAGACUAUUACAGCAGUGGCCCUGACCAGUGCCCUGCCCAUCAUCCAAAAACUGGAGCCGCAAAUUGCAGUUGCCAAUAGCUAUGCUUGUAUAGGAUUGGAUAAAGUUGAAGAAAAACUGCCUAUACUCUAUCAACCAACUGGUAAGGUGGUUGCUAAUGCUGUGGAUGCAGUUGCUGGUGCAAGGGAUGUUGUAACAACCACUGUGACUGGUGCCAAGGAUACAGUUACGCACACCAUUAGUGAAGUUGUUGACAAGACAAAAGGAGUUGUUCUGGACAGCGUGGUGCUGACUAAAUAUGCAGUCCACGGCAGCAUUAACAGUGUUCUGCAUAGUCGGAUGGUGUGCCUGGUGACCAUUGGGGUGGAUUCUGCACUCAGCAAGUCUGAAACUCUGGUUGACCAGUACCUUCCACAUACUGAAGAAGAGCUGGAGAAAGAAACUACCAACACGGAAGGAUUUGAAACUGGAGAUCAGAAAUCAAGUUACUAUGUUAGACUAGGAUCUUUGUCUUCAAAGGUCCGAUUGCGUGCCUAUAAACAGGCCCUAAGUGUAUUUAGGGAUGCUAAGCUCAGAAGCCAAGAGACAAUUUCUCAGCUCAAUUAUACUGUUAACCUGAUAGAAUAUGCCAGAAAGAAUAUGACUAAUGCUAACCUGAAACUUCAAGAUGCCCAACAGAAGUUAUAUAAUUCCUGGACCGAAUGGAGGAAAAGCAUUAGCCAAAAUGGUGAGGCUGCUUCACACAGUGCUGAGCACAUUGAAUCACGUACUCUAGCAAUUGCACAGAACCUGAGUCAGCAGCUUCAAACCACCUGCCUCACCCUGGUGUCCAAUAUACAGGGUCUGCCGCAGAACAUUCAGGAUCAGGUUCACCAUGUUGGGGAAGUUGCAGGAGAUGUGUACAGAAGCUUCGGGUCAGCCUCUUCUUUCAGAGAAGUGUCUGACAACCUUCUUACCUCUAGUAAAGGGCAGUUGAAGAAAAUGAAAGAAUCAUUGGAUGAUGUGAUGGAUUAUCUUGUAAACAACACACCCCUCAACUGGCUGGUAGGUCCCUUUUACCCACAAUUGGCUGGCGCUCAGAAUGCUGAGCACGAAGGUGAAGGGGAGAAAAAGAACAGCCAGGAGGACAAACAGCCUGAACACAACACAGAAUAAAUUGGAGCAGGCAAAUGUACACUCAGUGCCCUGACUUAACCAUUAGACCUACAGUGUAACCUGUUGGGGAGGAUGACGUGGCAGCAGAACUUUAAUUUUGUCCAAUUUUCAUUAGAUUCUUCUCUGUCAAAGAGAACUGUCAUAAGGAAAGAGUGCUGCAUGUUUGAGCUGAGCUGUAUGUCCUUUGCUUAAAUGGACUGAAAAAUGUGGGUGCCUUACGACUUCUAAACCUCAACAGAUUACAUGGAGACCAUACCUUGUUCAGCUAUCUACCUAUGAAGCCGCAUCUUGCCUUGGAAAUGGAUCUUUAAAAUGAAGUAACUGCACUUCCAAUAUAUAUUAAAAAGCAAAGCAAACUACUGAAUUAGAAAAUAACUUUGGAAAAAAUAUAGUAGGGUAAUCAGAUUGUCUUGCCCAGCUUUCUCUGAAAGCUGCUUAUUAUGCCCUUGCAUUCAUGCUAUCUCUUAAAAACAUAUUAAGCCACAUUAUUUUAGUACCAAAAGAGCACUCUGAUCAACUUCACUGCUCUGUUUGAAUGAAGUUUAUGACUAAUAUUUUCCAGAGUUCCUCAUAUGCUGUGAACUUUUUAUAUUAUUUAAAAUUCUAAGACUUUGUACUACUAAGUCACUCCACUUAAAGUACUUGAGUAUUGUGCACUCAAUUCAAGAUUCGUGCUGUUUGUGCAUAGGUAUAUAGCCUGUCUUCGGUAGCACUGUGCCUUGUAUUCUCCAUGUAUGCUCUCAAGUAAUAAAUGCUUCAGCAGCCAAA